AUGGGUGUAAGUCGCAGCAGCAGCAGCAGCCUGGCGCGGUCCGACAGCGUGGGGUUCGGGCCGUCUCGGUUCGUGCUGCGGCAGCGGUACGAGGACAUCGGGCUGCGGUACCUGGUGCACAAAGAGCAGCUGGGCACGGGCGAGUACGGCGCCGUCCGACCGUGUGUUGAGGCCGACUCUGGGCGGCUGCUGGCGUGCAAGACCAUCCGCAAGCAACAGAUCACGACGUACGAGGACGCUGAGGCGAUCCGCACGGAGGUGGCGUGUCUGUGGGAGGUGAGGGGCCAUCCUCACAUCAUCAGCCUGCACGACGCCGUGGAGGACGGCAAGCGCGUGCACCUCGUCAUGGAGCUCUGCCACGGCGGCGACCUCUUCCGCCGCGUCACCCAGCGCGGCACGCUCACUGAACGCAGCGCUGCCAGGGUUUGCCACGCACUGGCGACGGCCGUGUUGCACUGCCACCGCCAUGGGAUCAUGCAUCGUGACAUCAAGCCCAAGAAUGUGCUGCUUCUAGACGACUCCAAUGAGCCCAACGUCAAACUGAGCGACUUUGGUGUCGCCACUUUCUUCGAAGAUGGAGAUUCGUUGACCGAGUUCGCAGGAACAACACAAUACAUCGCCCCGGAAGUGUGGAAGGGGCAAUACGGGCCUGAAGCUGACAUUUGGGGACUUGGAGCUCUCCUGUAUUUCUGCAUAGCUGGUGUGUCCCCUUAUCGGGGCCCAACAAAGCAACAGGUAGCGGAAGCAGUGCUGACGCAAGGGGUGGAUUUCAGCAUGGCGUGCUGGAGAAGAGUCACUCCAGAGAAGCUGUCUCGCUGCCUGACGGAUGACGACACGCCUUCGUCAGACGGCCACGGUCAGGUGGACAACAGCCGGCCGUUAGCGUCGUCGUCAGCCACGCGAGACCCCCUCGAAGGCGGUCAGCGCGCGCAGCCCGUUCGUCAGGAUGGCGUUUCGGAUUCUGUGAGUGCUUCGCGGGACGUGUCGCGUGCAAACGCCGCCAAGUCAGACGUUCCAGGAGUUGUCCAGCCAUCGCGAACAUCGCCAGCACUGCACGAUAGAUCGCAAGGGCCGUCCGCGACACCGUCGCAGCCGAACCAAAGGACUCUGCAAUCGCCGACGUUUCGUAAAGAGGAGCCCCGAGGGCUGCAGGGGCAGUGGGAUUCCCUAGGCGCGAACGCGACCAACGGAGCAUGCGAUUCUGUUGAUGACGCGGAGCCUUCUAACGCGGAAGCUGCGCGGCGGCUGCGGGAAUUGAGACUGCGGGUGGAUUCGGAGGGAUCGGAGGACGACGCGGACGAUCUCCGAUCGCGCCGCUCUGAGCGAUUAGUUCCAGCCUACUCGAAGCGGCAAGGCCACCAUGGCGCACGCAGUAUGCGCACAGGUGGGAAUCUCAAAUGGGGGGAGCAUUUAUGGCGGGUGAAGCCGCCGCAGGAGACGAUGCCGCGGGGGUUCACGUUCAAGGGGUAUCUUGGGCAGCCCAUGGCGGCGCAUGCGGUCGCCGCCCCUUCCGACCCGCCGAGCGAGCGCGAGGCGGCGCAGGCACGGCCGUUCAACGUGCAGGUGCAGGUGUUCCGGCGGGUGCUGCACGUGAUGCGGCUGGUGCGCAUCCCCGUGAUUCACCCCUACUCGCGCUUCCGCCGCGACGUCAACCUGCUCAUCGCCCUCUGCAUCACCUACAACGUCUGGGAGGUGUUUUACCAGGUGGCGUUCAACCUGCGCGCGCAGGGCGCGUGGCAGAUCGUGGACGCGUGCCUCUCCGCCAUCUUCCUCGCUGACGUCUUCCUCGGCUUCAAAACCGGGUACGUGACGAAGGAGAAGCACGUGGUGAUGGACGAUGGCAUGAAGGUGCUCAAACCACAGCACAUCGUCAUGGAUCAGCGCAAGGUGGUGUGGCACUACCUGCGCACGUGGUUCGCAUUGGACCUGCUCUCCUCGCUGCCCUUCGACCUCCUCACCUCGCUCGCCUCCGACUCCCCCGCCGGCUUCUGGAUCUCCGUCGCGUUCCGGCUGCUGAAGCUGUUCCGGGUGCACCGGCUGGGCGUGGCAGCGAAGCAGCUGAGGCGGGCAUCUGUGAACACCGACUACAUGGACGUCGCCAUCCUGCUCUUCCAGAUCUGCAUGCUCUGCCACAUAGGCGCUUGCAUCUUCGUGCUGAUUGGCCGGCUAGAAUUGCCGGAUGAGACAUGGCUGGCGGUAACCUAUUGGAGCGAGGGUGGCGUGGCGCAGACGCUGGAGUCAGCACCCACUGGCGUGGUCUACGUGGCGGCUAUUUAUUGGUCCAUGGUCACAUUCGCUGGGGUGGGGUACGGGGACAUCCACCCAAUGAACACGCUAGCAGAGCGCCUGUUCGCCACGGGGUACAUCCUGCUGACGGCCAUCAUGCUGGGCUACACCAUCGGCGAGCUCUCCUCCAUGGUCUAUGCGCGCCGCAUGCAGCGCGAAUCCAUGCGCCAACGCAUGACCACCCUGCACAGGUUCAUUGAGAGGGAGCGCCUGCCAGAGUGGCUCGCCAACCGCAUGAUGGCAUAUUUGAUGCGGCAGUGGCAGGCGUCGGUGAACAGCAAGUUUGAGGACCUCGAGCUCAUGCAGAGCCUCACUGACGAUCUACGCACGGAUCUCUUUGUGCACUGGUGGACUCAACAUGUGCCUGCCAGCCCCUUCUUCCCGCACGAGCAGCAGUGCCUGGCGAGUCUGCAGCGAGUGCUGGUGCCGCGCGCAGUGGUGGCGGGGGACGUGGUGGUGCGCGAGGGCGAGGUGAGCCGCCACCUCUACGUGGUGCGCGCCGGCACACUCGAGAUGUCGUGGGCCCUGCACGGGGCCGACACUCUCGUCGAGUCUGCCACUGCGCUUCCAGGCAAACCCAUGCUGGGCAGUGAGGGCAUGAAGCUGGCGCGAGCAGUGAGCAUGAGGCGCUGCCGGGCGCGCUCCAUGCAGCGCCAGGCCAGCCGCUCCUCCCAUGGCAGCCCCACGCUGCUGCCACACCAACCCACGCCUGCCGCCGCUGCUGUGCACAUGCAUGCCUCGCAUGGGAAAAACAGCACCAACGGAACAGACGAUGCAUGCGACAUGCAUGGUGCUGAUGCCUCGCCUGUUCAUGCGCAUGCAUGCGACCCGCGCCACGGCGACCAUGGCGAGAGCCCUCCCAUGGUUGGGUGCUCACCGUGUGUGCGGCGCACUCGUGUGUACGAUUCAACACUCGGCACCAUUCCCAGCAGCAGCCUCAUGCACAGCGACUCACACGGGUCAGGGUCAGGGGACGGGUCCCCAUUGCCUAGCGACAGCAUUGAGCCUCUGCGAGAGGGCGUGGAGGAGGGAUGUGGGGAGGGGGCAGGGCACAGGGGUGCGAGGGGCACGGUGCCGCGCACGCACAGCACAGCGGCAUCGUAUGAGAGCCAUGGGUCGGUGCGGCAUGACAGCCACUUGCUGGGGCAGGCAGCGUUUGAGAGCAGGACGGUGGGGGUGGGCCAUGUGAUCGGGCUGGACGGGCUCUCAGAGGUGCUCGAGCUGCAGACCAGCGAACCCUCGUGGCUCGAGCAACGCGUCCCCUUCCUCUUCAUGGAAGGAACCUUCCAGGCCAAGACGGAGUGUGAGCUGCUGCUGCUGCUAAUCGACGAUCUAUUUGACACGCUUGAGAGCUUCCCGGAGCUGCUAACCGCGUUGCGCUUGAGCCUGGGCCUGCCACUGACAGAGCAGGAGCAGCUGGUGCGGUAUCGCAAGGCGCUCAGCACACGCAGGAUGAACACUUCCACACACCAAGCCAGGCCUAACCGCAAAUACACAUUCUAG